AUGGAGGGGGAGCCAGACAGCGGACCCUCCACUGGCCAAACAUCCUCGUCAUCCAAACCUACACCAAAACAUGAAGCCUCGGCGACAACUUCUGGCAAUUCCGGCGCGGGCGGUGCCUCUAACACACAGCUUUCCAAAAGAAGGAGAGGUCUCGGUGUCGUUACUCCCAAUGCGUGUACCGAAUGUCGAAAGAAGCGCGCCAAAUGCGACGGCCAAAAACCCUGCGGUCGGUGCAAAUCGCAGAAAGACGUCGAAUGCAUAUACGAGAUUCCUGUGCGACAGUCGAAAGAGAAUUUGCGCCACGAAAUCGAAGCCUUGCGGCGCCAACAACGCCAGAGCGAUUCCGUCUUUUCUGCCCUUGUCCGCCCCGAAUUAGUUGAAGAAGUCCUACAGAGGCUGCGCCAAGGACAAUCCGUCGAGGGAAUCUCGGAAUGGUUGGGUGGUACUUCUCUACCUGCUGCGGGAGGCGCACUGCCCGGAUUCGCAAGACCGAACGAACCUAGAGGUGGAGUGACAUUGCCUCCUCUCUCAACAUAUGGUGGAACACUUGCUGGUCCGGGAGGUUACAACACUAUGGGAAUGAGCCCCGCGACUGCCCAGACACACGGUAUGAAUCAAGAGUUCGACCCUAACAGCCCUUGGAAUUUCUCGUCGCACAGCCAGACCGUGUCAACCCGCAGCGACUCUCAUCCCGAUAUCAUGCAAUGGACGGCGGAAGCCCCUCCUCGUUCGCGAGUCGGUUUGUGGCUACAGGAUCAGUCAUCGCCGGCAACAGAAGGAGCCCGAUAUCGUGGGGUAGACCAAGUGCUUGCGCCAAUAGAUUCUCCGGAGAUGAAGGUCCCACCCGAGUCGUGGACUGCCGUGACAUCAGAUGGUAGUCUGGUAUCGCAUCUUCUGGCACUUUAUUUCUGUUGGGAAUAUCCAACAUUCGCAUCCCUCAGCAAAGAGCAUUUCCUGAGAGAUUUUCGGGACGGCCGGGAACGAUAUUGCUCACCGAUACUGGUAAAUGCGUUGCUAGCUCUGGGCUGUCGAUUCUCCACCCAACCCAACACGAGAGCAAACCCAAACGACCCACGCACAGCAGGUGAUCAUUUUUUCAAGGAGUCUUUGAGGCUCUUCUACCGAGAACAGGAGCAUCACAAUUUAACCACUAUUCAAGCCUUGGGGAUAAUGUCCAUUCGGGAAGCGAGUUGUGGGAGAGAUUCCGAGUCUUGGUACUACGCGGGGCAAAGUAUACGCUUAGCUAUCGAAAUGGGACUACAUCGCCUUCAAAACGAUGGCGAUGAAGACGAGCUUGCCGUGCAAGCUGCAACAUUCUGGGGCGCUUUUGCUCUCGAUCACGCAUGGUCACUAGCGACUGGCUCUUUGCCGCAAUGCUCCUGUUUUCCGCAUUUGCCGCCCAAGCCUGCUAUCAUUGAUGAUAUAGAGGCAUCCCUGUGGGUGCCAUAUACUGAUGAUGGAGCUCCUCUUCAGAGAUCUUGUGAGCAACCUUCCAACGUUAGAUCCGUUUAUAAGUGCUUCUGUGAGCUCAGCGAGCUUGUCCACCAAUCAUUAUACGUUCUCCACUCCCCCGGAAAACCCGUCACGAGUCGGGAUCUACUCAGCAUUUAUACGCAAUACCUUAAUUGGUAUGAUAGGAUUCCUGAAGUCCUACGAUUAGGGCAUAAUUUCACACCUGCUGUCCUUUUCGCUCAUAUGUAUUAUCACUUCGCCAUUCUACUCCUUUUCCGACCCCUUAUAAAAUUACGAAUCAUUGGCUCCAGUAUACUUCCUCGCGAUGUUUGCGCUCAGGCUGCAGAUGCUAUUCAAGGCCUCCUCCGUUCGUACUCCCAGCUAUACACCCUCCGCCGUACGCCAUCGUUUGUGCCAUACUUUGUACUUACAUCCUCCAUCAUGCAUCUUGCUGUGGGCGCGGAGGCUUCCAAGGGACAGUCCACCUCGCCGACAGAAUUAUCUAAUCCUCUGACGGUUAAGCCCGAAGAUAGCGAAGUGGAGCACGGAACCAGGCGAUUAUCUUCUAGCCAUAGGGACGAUGCCGAACCGACAUCACCAUCCAGUACGAUUACCGCGAAAUUGAGUCCGAGAGUUGCUGGAGCUUUAAGCCAGGGGAUUGCACACUUGACGGAAAUGGCACCAUGCCAUCAUUUCGCACACCAGGCGCUAAACAUAUUACAAUACCUUGCCAAGAAGUGGAACAUCGAAGUAGAUAUCCCACCUAGCACCGGCGUCUCGCAAGAAAUCGACAAUUCAGUUCGGCCAACGACUAGUAGCCUCAAUUUUUUCUCGCCAAACGUGAACGAGGAGGAUUUCCUUUGCGCAUGGGGCACUCGCGAUGUCGGCGGCCCCGGAGGCGCGCAGAGAAGACAUUCAUCACCAACUCCACAAGCCCAUGUUGGUCGUGGAGAAAAGAUGGAAGGGAUAAUUGAAGAAAGCAGAAUGAGAGAAGCAGCAGAACAAGAUCCAGUGCCUAGUUUUGCACCCGGAAGCGGUGUUGGUCCGAUGGCGCACAGUGCCAAAAGCUUGGAAAACCCACUCUUUUGGCCGUUCCCCAUGCAAGGCCGUCCUAUGUUGCCAGAGGGUAAAGAACUCGAAAAAGCCGGAUUCCGCCCUUUAUAG